AUGCACAGAAAUCACUUGCCACGCCGAAGCCGGCCUAACAGUCUCGUCGAUGCCGUAGCGGCGGGACGUGCAAGGUUGGAUCGGGAUGGCGCUCAGCCGACCGCUUUGACUCGCAUCAUCGGGGCGCCAGUCUGCAAAUCGCAUCCAGCCCUUCACCAUCCCCCUCUCUCCCUUUCGACACUCACCUCGACCUCAAGCUCGACAUCAGCACGCCUCAUCCAUUCCAUCUUCAUUACACACGCUUUACCUCGAGUGGCUGAUCUCGUGCGCAAGCCAAUACCACCACCACCUUUGUCGUCUCCUUCUGCAUCUGCAUUCUCGCGCUUCUGCAUUCAGCAUCUCUGUCGGCUCGCCCAUCAUCCGUCACCAUUGGUCUCCACCACCGCCGUCGCCAACGUCAGCUGCUACCUACCGUGCACCCUUGCCCGCUCGCAACAGGCUUCAGCUUCGGCCACAUCUGCAAGCUCUCGUUACAACUCACAAGUCUACACAACAGCGCCGCUCGCUCUUGGCUCUGAGAUUGGCUUCGUGCAUCGCCCUGCUCACUCUUCGACCAGACGCGACCUCCGAGUCCUAGCUUGCUUCACCCAAGAGGCGCACAACCACGCAUCCAGCGGGCAAACUGCAACUGCUGCCAACAUUCUGGCAGACAUACCGAUUGUCUCGAAGCAUCUCGGGCAUCGACCGCUUCAAUCCGAUCCGAUCCAAUCCAAUCCCUCAAUGCAUUGA